AUGAAAUCUAUUAUUUUGCCUCUUACGUUUUUCUUUGCAACCUCGAGCAAUGCCUUGGUCGGUAUUAGCUGGAAUAUCGGUAACGGACCUUCCUCUGGUCUUACCGAUAUCACUUUCCCAAUGAACAUAGCAAAUGCACCACAUACAACAGGAUUUUAUUUUGCUCAGCAAUUUGGAUUUAAUGGAGAAUCCGAUGUUGGUUAUAUUGGGCUUCAGCCAAGACCAGACUCUGGCAGCAAUAGCGUUAUACAUGCUGCCUUUUCGAGUUUCGUUUCUGGAACGACUACCGAUGACAGCAACUGCUCAGAUGGGGCAGAUGGAGGUGCAGGUGUCAGUUGCAGUAUUGAAAUUAACGGCGAUUACUCACACACUUUCGAUCUGGUCGUCCAAAACACGUCUGGUCAGACCUGGACGGGGACUCUGGUCGAUACUGUCACUGGACAAGAAACACACAUUGGCUCCUGGUCUCUUCCUUCAGGAGCGUCUGGUAUCAAGAGCAGCCAGGUGGGUUUUGUUGAAUACUAUCCAUGGAACUCAGGAACACAUAGCUGCGACCAAUUACCAAAGACAGAAGUGACUUUUGGUAUUCCAACAACCACAAACAGUGGUGCGGGUAGUCUGGGCAGCGCAUACGAGUACGGCGAUUGCGUAGGAAAGGUCGGGUUCUCUUCCUCGCAAACAUCUUCCGGAGUCGAGGUGACUGUGGGGUUUUGA